GCCUUUCGAUGAUGUUUCCCACAACAUGGCCCGCCAUGGCUCUCUCAUAAGUAGUUCAUAAGGGAGACCCUUACGCAGUGGACAUUCAUCCGACUAUUAUCUAUUGACUCAGCCAGCAGCGACCCUGGGAUCUACAUGUAAUGGCAGGGGCAACGCCGGAUUCUUCGAAAAUCAAUGGAAAUGCGCCAACCAUUUCGACAGUACUGUGUAUCACUCUAGCAGUCGUGAUACUUAUUGGUGUCUGUGUCGCAAGGAAAACAAAUACCUUGGCAGCACUACAGGAAGUGGCUGCUCGGACAAGAUCAACAUGGAGAGGACGCGGGUUAGAGGAGGAAACAAUCGACUCUAUUCCGAUCAUCAAGUACAAGUCUACGCGUCCCCCUAACACCGAGGAUCGUGAGCUCAACACCGACAUCUCGAGUGCCAAACCACCUGUACCAGGCGGAAGACUAGAAACAAUAUUAGAAGACGACACUGCGGCUCUCCCGGCCACUUCUACAGGAAGGCAAAAACAAAAUGUCCGAACCCGCAUCAAGGAUAUCAUCGAACGAUGCAGUUUGGCAAUACCGAAGCGGCCAACACCGCUCUUGCAGAAACCGGGUUCAGAACUUGUUCGCCAGGAUGCAUCUUGUCCCAUCUGUACGGAAGACUUUUCGGAUGGUGUCGAUUUACGCAAGCUACCUUGCAGUCAUCUCUACCAUCCUCGAUGUAUCGAUCAAUGGCUUAGGGAUUUUGGUGUAACUUGUCCAUUAUGUCGUGUAGAUCUCAGUGUGUCAGCUACUGUGGCAGCACUGCCCCGGCCAGCUGGAACGUCAACAAGAGUAAUUCGCCGGUAGCUUGUCGAGAGCUAUCAGAAGCGAAUGCGUGGGAGGUUUCGGGUUUGAAGGGUGGGUUGUGGGCAGAACGUUCUAAAAAAGAAAACAGAGAAAAAAGAAAAAAGAAAAAAAAGGGAAAAUAAAAGGG